AUGCUGCUAGGUUAUCGACCAGGUGAAACAUUCGGAUACUACAAUCGAGCAUGGCCCCACGAAGACAGAACAGAAAUCUCUUCAUGGGCCCUCCAAGGAAUGCUCAUCCUUUGCGCCGCGCCUCUCAUCGCCGCAACAGUCUACAUGGUACUCGGUCGAGUCAUCCGCUCCUUCGGCGACGAACAUUUAACCAGCAUGAGUCCUAAAAAGAUCACAGCCAUCUUCGUACAUAAGAAUAUUCAUACGCUCAAUGUACAGGAAGUCCUUACUGAGUAUGAAGCUCAGAUGCGUACGCCUACUACAGGCAAUUAUUUCCCCACAAAGUUCACCGUUUUCGGCAGGACCCCUGGCGUUCACCGAUUUCGCGAGAAAAACCACCGACUACUGAAAAGGGUAAGGCUAAAGAGUCUGAUAGUCAGCCCAAGCGAUCCUACAAGCUGGGUAGGAGCUCCCUACCGCUAUGCUCAUACUGCAAGAAAGGCCACCAUAUAG